ACGUAAAUGGACGUAGCUACCAUAGAGCUGAGCGUGGAGGCGCUUAUCGGAUCCCUCCUGGCCCUCGGAGUCCUCUUCGCCUUCUGUCGCAGCUUACUGGCCGAAGACUAUGUUAUCAGCGUGCUCUCUGGGAAAACACGUCACAGCUGGAAAUCAAUAAAAGUCAUCGAGCAGGCCUCUGGCUUCUGCAAUGUGUGCGAGAUCCUGCUUACCCCCUCCGCCGGUCUCUUCUGUGAUUGCUGCGGAAUAUACACCCACUCUGCGCCGGCUUGUCAACGGCGGGCGGACCGGGAGUACCGAUGCAAGGACAAGUGGUUGCGUAAUGAGACGUCGGUGCGUCAUUUGUGGGUACACGGAAACCUGCCAAUGGGCGUUCACUGCUCGGACUGCGGCGAGGAGGUGGAUCACCACAUCAGCACGGAUCCAGGAUUGUACGGUUGGCGUUGCGCUUGGUGUCAGCGAUGUUACCACAACGACUGCCACUCUCGUGCCGACCUGAAGGGUGCCUGCGACUUUGGAGAGUUCAAGGAUAUGAUCUUCCCGCCCUACAGCUUUGUAGCAGCUCGCACCCGCGACUCCAUGCGCCUUCAUCUGGCCAGUAUUACGCCGCCAGACAUUGAGAACUGGGAGCCUCUGAUAGUGAUCGCCAACACCAAGUCUGGGAGUAGUACGGGCGCAAAUGUUUUGUCCUUACUGAGAGGGUAUCUGCAUCCUCUGCAGGUGAUGGAACUGGGUAGUCGAGGACCACAAGAUGCCCUGCAAUGGGCCGCCAAGGCCAGCCCGCGACCAUGUCGUAUACUAGUGGCCGGCGGCGAUGGAACCAUCGGCUGGGUGAUGAAUACCAUCUACGCAUUGAACAUAAAGCCCCAGCCCUCGGUGGCCAUCAUGCCGUUGGGCACCGGCAACGAUUUGUCGAGAGUGCUGGGAUGGGGAGCAGAGCCACCUUCGGUUCUGGAUCCGGUUAAGAUCCUACGAAGUAUUCGUCGCGCCCGAUCCGUCAACCUCGACCGGUUUGACCUGCAGAUCGAAAAGCUCCACUAUCGGCUGCCCAUCCAAAGGCAUCCUAUUAAAACAAUUCAUGUCUACAAUUAUUUUAGUGUGGGUGUAGACGCGGCUAUUACCUAUAACUUCCACAAGACUCGUGAAUCUCGUUUCUAUUUGCUCAGCAGUCGCCUUUUUAAUAAACUUCUGUACUUCACCUUUGGAUCGCAGCAGGUUAUGCAACCUGGCUGCGAACACAUUGAGGAAAAGCUUACCCUUUACCUGGACAACAAGCCAGUGCAACUGCCGGCGCUGCAGGCCCUUGUCUUUCUUAACAUUGAUUCAUGGGGAGCUGGCUGCAAGCUGUGUACACUGAGCAAUUCCAACGGCGAACCGCGCAUUGUCAACUCCAUUUCGGAUGGCGUGAUGGAAGUCUUUGGCAUCGUCUCCUCGUUUCACAUUGCCCAGCUGCAGUGCAAUAUAAGCAAACCAGUGCGAAUCGGCCAGGCCAAGUCAAUUAGGCUGAUGGUCAAGGAAACUGUUCCAAUGCAGGCCGAUGGAGAGCCUUGGAUGCAGGGUCCGUCAGACAUACGGCUGCAAUCGCGCAGCCAGGCCCGCGUCCUCAAGCUGGACGCAACCAGUACCUAGUUAAUCCAAUCCCAGUAACCCAUAAUGUGCCAGUGAUCGUAAUCUCGCAAAUGUACUUAACCCGGAACCUCAGUCUAAUCCUUAUCGAAUUCGUUUAGCUAAAAAGCUAUUGCAUUUUAAAACGUCCCUUAGCAAAGAGAGCCAAAGCUAGUCUGAAAAUACAAUAAACCGUAUAAUCUGAAUAAAUUCCA